GUCUUCACACGCACUUGAGCUCGCCGUUUCUACUGGGCAGGGAGAGGCGGGAGCAUAGUCACUUGGUACUGGAGCGGAAGGUAAUCAGGUCGCAUUGGCCUCAGGUCAGAUGAUCCUCAAGGCAGAUCGGCCUGAGUGUAAAUAAGCCGCAGGACGUUUGGUUCUCGAAACACUUGGUACUCAAACCACUUGGUCUCUAAAAUGUCUCAGAGUGAUUGGUAAUUAGGGAAAAGUGUACCAAGUGGGAGUCAAACGGUUAAACAUCAAUUAUACAGCUUUGUGACUCGUCUCUGAUCGCCGCCACACACACACACAGACACACUCAGGCAGGUGAAGCGGGUGGAAGUGCAUUGUUAUUACCUCCAUGCGCCACGGUAUCCAUAGCGCCCCUCCAAGCCUUGCCCCUCCAAGCCUUGCCCCUAGACUCGGGUGUGUAGGAGGAAGAGGAGGAGGAGGGGCAAGGAGGAGUAUGGGUACCAUUCGCCCCAGUACCAAGUGACUGCAAACCAAGAGAGGCGUCCACGGUGCCACCAAGGAAGCCAAGGGUGCUGCCUGGAUGGGUUCAUCACUUUGGCUGGCAUGCCUGUCACCUCUCCAAGGUUGCCACGAAAAGUAAAACGUGUUUUACGGAUCAUCGUUACAUUCCAGCGCCUCUUAAUUGCCUACGAAAUGUUUACUUAACCUCUACACGCCAAGAAAUGAGACUUCAGUUCAUAAUCGUGCAUGAGGAGAAUAAUAUUUUGAAAUCCGCGCCAUGACGUCACAGCAGAGACAUCCUGCGCCCGCAGGCCAGUGUGUGCGGCGGUAUGUUUGCUUUGUGUGUCGUGUCAAUGGUAUGUGAACUUCUAACGUUUUAUUAGUUAUUUUCCCAACCAUGGUGCGUGACAUGGUGGCGGGAGGUGUAAUGGUGCACGGCGCGAUGGUGAGACAUGGUGGUAAUGGUGCAGAGCGAUGAAAUGCUGAAAUUACUGGCGGUGGCAGGGAGGCGUAGGCGUGGCGCUAGGACGGUGUAGUGAUGAUGACUUCCUUGGCAAGUACAGUACGAACCACUCCUGCCCGGCUAUCAACGACGCCGUCUGCGUGCCUCGGCCGCGGACAGCCCCGUGAUGGUCAGCCCUCCAAGUGUGCUCAUCUUAGCAAGGCCUUCCUCUCCCAGACGACCAAAACGCAUAGGGAGGUGUUCCACGCGCCCUUCUUCACCACCCGGUUCUGUACGGCCUGGACGGGGCUCUUCUGCCCGCUCUGCCUCGCCUGCCUCUCCUGCUUCCGGAGGGACAAGGACUCACUCAAGGUCUCCCUCAAAACCAUCGCACAGAACUUCAGGGACCGCGGCGUCACUUUCAGCUACAUGCACGUCUACUCGCUUUGGAUCUUCGACUGCACUGACGUCAUGGCUCUCUACUCUGCCCACGUCUCCUUCGUGUUCCUCCUCUCGUGGGUGAUCCUGCAUGACCAGUUUGUCGGCGUCAGGACCUCCUCGAGAAGACACACACCUGGGCGUCUCCAGGAUCCUUCUGACACACAGCAGCUCACACACCUGCACAUCAGAGGCCACACAGUCACCAUACCCACGCACUGCACGCCGCUGCACGCCCUGGCUGCUGCUCACAGGUUGUGUUUUCAAAUUACAAGCAGUAACCAAACGGUCCCACAUUGGACCUUCGCGCGCCAAGUAGUGACGUCAAGUUUGCUGCUGGCGGAGAGAUACACCUCCCUGACGGUAACUCCUGCCUCCAGCACCACCGCCAUAUACUCGCCUCGCUCUCUCUCUCUCUCUCCCUGCCGGCCAUAUUGACACUCAGCCUGUCUCCCUCCUGUCCUGUCCAGCUCCGCCUCACGCAGUCCAUGCCCCCGCCUCCCUUCGCGACCCGUCUUGUGUCACAUCAUGCGGCUGUUGCUUGCAAAGGGCGGGCUCGAGCUCCAAAGUUUAUUAGCCUUAGCCCUCGACAUGUCACUUAGCACACACACACACACACACACACACACACACACACACACACACACACACACACACACACACACACACACACACACACACACGUGCCGGCCUCACCCGCGCACUAAUAAUGGUAUAGUUCAUUCUGCUACUCUGUUUUUCCGUGGCAGCAAAGAAUCCAGUAUUUGUGAAGUCGUAUUUACUGUUGAAAUUUAUCGCUUGUUAAACAAUUACGAGCAUAAAUCAAACUGCGUAAUGCGAUUAAAUCCUUGCGUUAAUUGUCUCCGAAUGAACAACAACAACGACGACGACAACAACAACGAUAAUAACAACGACAGGAAAUAAAAAAAACGAAUGAAAGUUAUUGCUACUUGAAUUAUGUGAAGUGAAAUUGAAACAAAUAACAGGAACGACUGUAGGUGAAAAUAGGAGGGUAAGAGAGAGAGAGAGAGAGAGAGAGAGAGAGAGAGAGAGAGAGAGAGAGAGAGAGAGGAACGAAAGAACAAGGUGUGUAAUCAAUAAAAAAGAAAAAAAAAGCAGGGUCAGGCCGGGAUUCCGCUGUAGGAUUUCAAUUCUUCAUUUUUGCAUCUUCCUUUUUUCUCUCCUCUCACUCUGGACGACCUAUGAUAUGCUGUAGCUGGCAGGGUGGCGGUGGUGGUGGUGGUGGUGGUGGUGGAGGAAGUAGUAGUGGUAGUAGUGGAGGAAAAAAUAAAAUAGUUUACCUGAACUCUUGUACUGGUGGUGGUGGUGAUGGUGGUGAUGGUGGUGAUGGUCAGCUCUCCGGGAUAUAAUGAACCCAUGAAAGCUGAGCGCGGCGGGCAGCAUUACAGUGAGGCUGGCUGGCGGUAAUUGUGAAAUGGAGUGUGGUGAUGGUGGGGUGUCGAUAUGGCUGUGUAGGUCGAGGUGUUCCUUCUAUUUAUUCAUCCAUAAUCCGGGUAAUGAGACUUUAAUCAUGUAUUAGCGAAUCACCUAUUUGCCCUCUCACUGUACCUGCUCGUUA